AUGGAAAUCACCAGAGGGAGUUUGGACGACAUAUCCCGUCCUGCGUCGAGUGAGCCGACAGGUAGCCGCGUGUCCAGUGUGUCAUUACCUCAUAGAGACAGAAUCUGUCCGACAGCUCCACUUUCCCUUCUUGUUUUGUCCAACGCCGAUGCUGCUGAUCUUCAGGUAAGUAACUCUAAAGAAUCUACAACAUCUAACUCAUCAGUGGGAGAUCCUGACAAAGAUGACUGUCACACUGUUGCUACUGAGGAUGAGGAUGAAGAUUCCAAACUACAGAGAGCUAUCUGGGAAAUGAGACGGCUGGAUGAAAUACUGUCUGCAAAAAUCUGCAGAGAGAAAGAAAUCCAACGUCAGAGGAAAGAGCUUCAAGCAAAACUCUGGCAAGAGCUCCAGCAGAAUAAACCUGAAGGUCACUCUGAAGGUGCUCAUGAAGCUUUGAACACAAAGUUGUUUUUGGCAUUGGAAGCACCCACCGGGACAGAAGAAGAGGACGACUUUGUACCUGUGUUUGAAACUCAGGUUUGCGACUGGGAGCACGGCAGAGACGACCAGCGCUCAGAGCAAAGUGAAAAGAAGCCAGACAGCUUGACAGACUCAUCUGAAGUUGGCUACAAAGACAAAGCAGAAGACCAAUUUGAAGGCAGCCACUGUGGAGCUUCCAAAGGCAUGAAUAAACAGAAGGACUUUGUCAAAAGAAACAUUGAGCUCGUGCACGGUGAGGGGGGCCAAGUGUUUUUGACCCAGGCGGAGAAAGAGCGUCUGGCUGAGCUGCUCCGAGAAAUAGACGAAGAGGAAGAGGACAGUGCCAGAGGCGCAGACAGCGAGGAGACCACGUGGGCUGUGUCGGCGCUAACGGGCCAGGGCUACACCCCCGAGCCCUCCGACCUGCAGCAGCUGAUUGACAUCGACUCCAGAAUUCACCAUCCCUUCGAAGGCUUUCACUCUUACACGAGCUCUGACACAAACCUGAGCGCGUCGCAGGGCCCUGGAUCGAGGGUUGGCUGGAAGUGCAUUGGGGACCUGCAGCCAGGAGAGAAGGUCCUGCAGGAUAUAAAGGAGAGGAGAGGGCAGGAGAGGCGGCUCAGAGAGAUCCAACAGCAGCUGGAGAUCCUGGGCCAGGGCCAGGAGAUGACUGACGGGUCACCAGAUCUUACCGAGGAGCAGCUACUUAGCCUGCUGGAUGAAUGUGAGCUGACAGGGAGAUGGAGCCACGACCUGGAGACGAAUGACGCAGCACCAUGAGACGAUCACAAAGAUUGGACUCUAUCUGACGGCCUGCUUUCAAACUGCAUUACGUCUGGGAUCCUGCUAUGAAUUCUUGUAGAGAAGCUGCUUUUAGGAUUUAUGAAGAUGAUAUAAUGACCCCGUCGUUUAUACACUGAUAUAAACAUUUUUCAUAAUGUGACAAUAGCAGAAAUUUGUAGUUUUAAAUGUUGGCUAACUGAAGAGGAGAACCUCCAUUUUAAUUGGUGUCAAUAUUUUCAGCAUGCAGCUGGAUUGCAACCCGUUGCUUUUAUUUGUGUUUGUGUCUCUGCAUGAGGAAACAGAGCAGCAGGAGCGCUCUUUGUAUUAACCUAAGUAUCAUACAUGAGAACAGAAAAUUG